AUGCGUGAAAUUGUUCACUUGCAGACCGGCCAAUGUGGCAACCAAAUUGGUGCUGCCUUCUGGCAGAUCAUCUCCGGCGAGCACGGCCUUGAUGGCUCUGGAGUUUACAAUGGCACAUCAGACCUCCAACUUGAACGUAUGAACGUCUACUUCAAUGAGGCUUCUGGAAACAAAUAUGUUCCUCGUGCCGUCCUCGUUGAUCUCGAACCCGGUACUAUGGACGCUGUUCGGGCUGGUCCUUUUGGCCAACUCUUCCGUCCUGAUAACUUUGUGUUUGGCCAGAGUGGUGCUGGGAACAACUGGGCCAAGGGUCACUACACUGAGGGUGCCGAACUUGUGGAUCAAGUUCUCGAUGUCGUCCGACGUGAAGCCGAGAGCUGUGACUGCCUCCAGGGAUUUCAGAUCACCCACUCCCUCGGUGGUGGUACCGGUGCCGGUAUGGGCACAUUGUUGAUCUCCAAGAUUCGAGAAGAGUUCCCCGACCGAAUGAUGGCCACGUUCUCUGUCGUCCCAUCCCCCAAAGUUUCCGAUACCGUGGUCGAGCCAUACAACGCUACACUGUCUGUCCAUCAAUUGGUUGAGAACUCUGAUGAGACGUUCUGCAUUGACAACGAGGCUCUCUACGACAUUUGCAUGCGAACCCUCAAGCUGUCCAACCCCUCUUAUGGCGACUUGAACCAUCUGGUCUCGGCAGUCAUGUCCGGUGUCACCACUUGCCUGCGAUUCCCCGGUCAACUCAACUCUGACCUAAGAAAAUUGGCCGUCAACAUGGUCCCCUUCCCCCGACUUCACUUCUUCAUGGUCGGCUUUGCUCCUCUCACCAGCCGCAACGCCUACUCCUUCCGCGCUGUCAGUGUUCCCGAAUUGACACAGCAGAUGUUCGAUCCCAAGAACAUGAUGGCUGCUUCCGACUUCCGAAAUGGCCGAUAUCUGACUUGCUCUGCCAUCUUCCGUGGCAAGGUCAGCAUGAAGGAGGUCGAGGACCAGAUGCGUAACGUCCAAAACAAGAACAGCAGCUAUUUUGUCGAAUGGAUCCCCAACAACGUGCAAACCGCUCUUUGCUCGAUCCCGCCGCGUGGCCUCAAGAUGUCAUCCACCUUUGUUGGCAACUCGACCUCUAUCCAAGAACUCUUCAAGCGUGUCGGUGACCAGUUCACUGCCAUGUUCCGACGCAAGGCUUUCUUGCAUUGGUACACUGGUGAAGGUAUGGAUGAGAUGGAGUUCACCGAGGCUGAGUCCAAUAUGAAUGAUCUCGUCUCGGAGUAUCAACAAUACCAGGAUGCUAGUAUCUCUGAGGGUGAAGAAGAGUACGGUGAGGAGGAAGCGCCUUUGGAGGAGGAGGCUUAG